AGCUGCUCCCCUGCUGUGGGGUUUGGGGAGGAGGGGAUAUCAGGGGGUCACUCCAGUCGUGCUUCCCCCUUCAUCCCCCCCAUUCUGUCCCCCAGGUGCAUUGACCAGAAGUUCAAGCGCUGCCCUCCCCUCCCCACCACCAGCGUGGUCAUUGUGUUCCACAACGAGGCCUGGUCCACCCUGCUCCGGACAGUCUACAGCGUCCUGCACUCGUCCCCGGCUCGGCUGCUCCGCGAGGUCAUCCUGGUGGACGAUGCCAGCACGGAUGAGUACCUGAAGGAGGAGCUGGAUCGCUACGUGGAGCAGCUGCAGAUCGUGCGCGUGGUGCGGCAGCGGGAACGCAAGGGGCUCAUCACGGCGCGGCUGCUGGGGGCCAGCGUGGCGAGCGGGGAGGUGCUGACCUUCCUGGAUGCCCACUGCGAGUGUUUCCAUGGAUGGCUGGAGCCGCUCCUGUCCCGCAUCGCCGAGGAGCCCACGGCCGUUGUGAGCCCCGACAUUGCUACCAUCGACCUCAACACCUUCGAGUUCUCCAAGCCUGUCCAGAAUGGGAAGCAGCACAGCCGGGGCAACUUCGACUGGAGCCUGACUUUCGGCUGGGAGGUCGUUCCCGCACGGGAGAGGCAGCGCAGGAAGGAUGAGACCUUCCCCAUCAAGUCCCCGACCUUCGCAGGUGGCCUCUUCGCCAUCUCCAGGUCCUACUUCGAGCACAUUGGCUCCUACGAUGACCAGAUGGAGAUUUGGGGGGGUGAGAACGUGGAAAUGUCUUUCAGGGUGUGGCAGUGUGGGGGACAGGUCGAGAUCAUCCCCUGCUCCGUCGUGGGCCAUGUGUUCCGCUCCAAGAGCCCCCACACGUUCCCCAAGGGCACCCAGGUGAUCUCCCGGAACCAGGUGCGCCUGGCUGAGGUCUGGAUGGACGACUACAAGGAGAUCUUCUACCGCCGCAACCAGCAAGCCUCCCAGAUGGCCAGAGAGAAGACAUUUGGUGACAUCACAGAGCGGCGCAGGCUGCGGGAGCGGCUGCACUGCAGGAACUUCACCUGGUACCUGCAGAAUGUCUACCCCGAGAUGUUUGUGCCCGACCUGACCCCCAAGUUCUACGGAGCAAUAAGAAACGAAGGCACCAAGAGCUGCCUGGACGUUGGGGAGAACAACCACGGUGGGAAACCUCUCAUCAUGUACCCCUGCCACGGGCUGGGGGGAAACCAGUACUUUGAGUACACGAGCCAGCGGGAGCUGCGCCACAACAUCGGCAAGGAGCUGUGCCUGCGGGGGGCUGCGGCUGCUGCCGAGCUGGGCGAGUGCCAGUUCCGAGGGAAGCCCGGCCGGGUGCCCCCCAGCGAGGAGUGGGACCUGGCGCAGAACCGGCUGAUCAAGAACUUGGCCUCAGGGAUGUGUCUGACGGCCCGGGGGAAGCACCCGGCGCUGGCUCCCUGCGACAUCACGGACCCGCACCAGCUCUGGUCCUUUACCUAAAAGGGAGGAGAGCCCCCGGCCGGCCCCGGCCACGCUCAGGAAACCAGGAUCCAAAAAACUUCCUUCUUCGCUUUAAUUUAAAAAGUGAAAGCCUUAAAUAUGCUGCAUUUCGUGGUUGCCUUGAACUGAAUCCCGUACGUUUGGGAGCCGGGCUCUGCCGGGGGCACCCCACGGACCCCGAAACGCAGCGGCCGUGGCGAGGACGCUCCUGCGGAUUCUCCUCGGAAGCCGCUGCUCGUCCUCCCCCUCCCGGCUCCAGCCAGAGACUCUUCAGUUCAUAUCGGGCAUUAAAAACGUGGAUGCGCCUCCCCAGAUGUGGAAUCCGGGCGGGAAAACCCGGCGAGGAGGAAGAUGGUGACCGCGGGGCUCCUCCCGUCCAGACAGGAUCGUGGCUUGCGGUGGCCCCUGGCGGGCAAUGGGAGAAGUUGGGAUCUCUGCCUUAGGAAUCACGUUGGAUUUGGAGGGGGGAGGAAGUUGUUAGAUUUUUUUUUUGUUUUGUUUUAUUGUUAUUAUUAAAAGAUGAUGAUUCCUUGGUGCGAUUCUGCUUGUGCUGAGCAGGAGGAGUUUUCCCUUGGUGGCAACACAGAAUUCUUCUGAAGAAGAUCCUGGAUACCACAUCUACUCUGUUCUGCAUUUUUUGUCUAUCCCAACACCUGAAGCUGCCACUUUUGUUGCCAUUUCAUUUAUUAUGGGGGUGGGGUGGGGGUGGUGGAAUCCUCCUGGAGAGAACAGGAACGGGGAAAAUCUGUCCUAGACACAGAACCUCAAAUAAAGAGAUGAUUUAUUUUACACAAA